AUGUUGUCCAUCCGAGGACAGGGCCAGGAGAACCUGGUGAACGCGCACCAGGCGGCAGCGGCCUCGAAGCCGUUGAACCAGGGAACGCGACAUCUGCCACCAAAGACACCGGGCAAGCUGCCUCCAAAAACGCCCUUUAGACUGCCUCUACACGAUGAGAACAGACCACUUGUGUUUGGGAAGGGGAUGGGGGCCGGGAUAGGCAAAAAUAUACUCAAGGGACAAGAUGAGAAUGCGACUCUGCAGGGCAAGGGGAAAGGCGCGGAGAAGAAGGCGUUGGCUACUCCAGCGGGCACAAUGCGGGCGCCACUGGGGAUGAAGACCACCAAUGCAAAGGCGCGGGCAUUCCAGACUCCGGCUCCUAACAUGAUGAUGGGGACGAUCAAGCAAAGGAGUGCUAAACGGGGUUCAACGCGCAAGAUCAAGAAGGCCGCACCACUGCUUGCACAGGUGACGCAGGAGAAGGCUGUGGUGGCCGUAGAGGAGGAGCCUGAGCGGGAGAUUGAAUACAUGCCUCCGAAGCCAAAGCCUCUUCCUGACGACGAUGGAUAUAUUACAUAUGACACGACAUUCCCACAUCUCAAAGGAACCAACUUUGCCCGUGGAUGGGGGAAGCUGUAUGAAGACACCAGUGUAGGUGCUGAUGGACUAACGGCCAAGCAGCGAAAAGAGAAAGAGCUUGAUGAUGCAUAUAACAAGCAGAUCGAUGAAUUAAUCCAGGCCCAGAUCGAUAGCAUUGGCACUCUUAAACUGGAAGUGGAAGGGGACAACGCCAAAGGCGAAGUGGAGGAGAGUAGACCCGUCAGUCGAGCCACAACUACAUCCGAGCGGUCAGAGAGAGCAGUGUCUACUCUUCGAUCGAAGAGUGCAGCACAGGCCUUGGCCAUGGACCCCAAGGGAAGUGUACGAACCAGGUGUUCGCCCAGGCUAGCUGCAAAGGCCGCUGCAAAGGCUGCUGCUGCUGCAACGGCAGCGACAACAAAGCAAAAGAAGGAGACUACAGAGCCGACUAACCCAUCUUCCAUGCGCCAUGCGGCUGCCGUGGCCAGCUCAAGAAGCACUCUGGGCUACUCCAAGGGCCGUGAAGUGCUGGCUGCCCUGAGAGAAGAGCCAAGCCAGUCCAAGAGCAGCUCCAGGACAAGCAGGUCAACCAGCAGGAAGAAAGACCAGAAAGAGAACGACACAGACAGCCUCUCCCCGGAACUGUACAUGCAGCUCUACGGCCCACCUGCGUUUGGCACUGAGAUGUGGUCUCGGUGUAAGAUUGCCGGGUACUUUGACGACGAAGUCAAGACGACUGAAGAGUUAUUGGGUAUAGACAUCCCCAGCGUCGACGAAGUCUUUGUGGAGGACGAGGAGAGUGCUAAUUUUCAGCUUCUCAUCUAA